AUGAGUAAGGAACUUAAAAACAACAGUAAGAUACGAAGACUAUCCCCCUUUAUCAUUACAGAUAAUCUAAUUAUAGUCAGAGGAAUACUACGUCAUUCAACACUUUCGAAUGAACAAAAACAUCCUAUAGUUUUACCGUUUGGUCAUAAGGUCACGCAGCUAAUUUUUACAUACUUUCAUGAAAUACUGUUACAUGGAGGGCCCCAGUUGUUGUUAUCAGAAGUAAGACUUCGGUUUUGGCCUCUAAAGGGUAGACUAACAGCUCGUUCCACGACAUCACGUUGUGUUACAUGUGUUCGAGCAAAGUCUAAAUUUGAAAACCCGAUCAUGGCUACCUUGCCAAGUACCAGAGUACGGCCUGCAAGACCAUUUGUGUCAACAGGGGUUGAUUUUGUGGGACCCGGGACCCUUGAUGUUCGAAGUGUCACAAGCAUAAAAACAUGGAUUGCAGUUUUUGUGUGUCUGGCAACUAGAGCAAUACAUUUGGAGUAA